UGCAAAACAAAGGGUUUCAGAGAUGGAGGUCGAGUUCGAAGCUCGAGUGAAGCCUCUGGAGUACAAAGUGAAGGCAAUGUCACGUGAGUCCCCGUCGCAGAAAGCCGGUAACGUGCUCGACGCCGACCUCCGCUCUCACUGGUCCACCGCCACCAACACCAAGGAGUGGAUCCUCCUCGAACUCAACGAGCCUUGCUUGUUAUCUCACAUCAGAAUCUACAACAAGUCCGUCCUCGAAUGGGAAAUCUCCGUCGGCUUGCGUUACAAGCCAGAGACAUUUGUGAAGGUUCGGCCACGCUGUGAAGCGCCGCGGCGGGAUAUGGUGUAUCCUACAAACUACACCCCGUGCCGCUAUGUUCGGAUAUCUUGCUUGAGGGGGAAUCCCAUUGCCAUUUUCUUCAUACAGCUUAUUGGGGUUUCAGUAACUGGACUGGAACCAGAAUUUCAACCAGUUGUUAAUCACUUGUUGCCAUCAAUUAUAUCUCACAAACAAGAUGCCAAUGAUAUGCAUCUUCAGUUGCUUAAAGACAUGGCAAGUCGAUUGCUUGUGUUCCUUCCCCAACUUGAGGCAGAUCUUAAUAGUUUCGCGGAUGCUGCUGAACUGAACUUGCGCUUUCUUGCUAUGCUUGCUGGCCCAUUUUAUCCAAUACUGGAUCUUGGGAAAGAAAGGCAUGUACUUGUUUUAUGUCUUCCUCACUGCGCUUUCCGAAAUUCAGCUUUCAAUGAUUGCAUGGGUGUUAUUGAUGAUGUCUAGGAUUGUAUGCACUAGUUUAUAGUGCUUUUACAACUCAAUUGCUUGAUUAUUCUGAGCAGAAGUGA